AUGCUGCCCACGACGCUCAAGGAGUCUUUCUUGGGCCAAGACGACCAGGCGCAGGCGCAAGAUGCGCGCAACACGCAGCGGUUCCUAACGACGCUCGGUCUUGGCCUCGUGCUCUUCCUCGUCUCCUUCUUCGUGCUACCGCUGUCGAUGGCGGCAUUCGGUGUGCUCUACUCGUCUGGCUCGCUCAUCAUUAUGCUCUCGACGCUCUUUGUCGCGGGGCCGCGCCAGCAGUGGGCCAACCUCCAGGAGAAGGACCGACUCCCUUGCUUCACAGCGUACUUGUCGACGAUUGGACUCACACUCAUGUUUGCGCUCUGCCCGGGCCUUUGGUUCCGCUCGAUCCUCGUGUUCAUCUCCGUCUUUGUCCAGUGCUGCGCGCUCACGUGGUAUUGCCUCAGCUACUUUCCCAGGGCGCAGGCCGGCCUCCGUGCUUGCCUCCACUUUGCGUUUGGCUAA